UGGUUUUUGUGGUGUGAUGGGGGUUCCCUGCCCCGGAGAGCAGGGGUGAAACAAUAAAAUAGACUAUCGCUUUAAAUUCUAAUUUCUGAUAAAGCAGCGAUCAUAGAGUCACAGUGCAAGCACUUAAUUGUUUACCAAAGAAAUGGUGAUGGAGAAGCCAAGUUCCCUGCUUGUAGGGCGGGAGUUUGUGAGGCAGUAUUACACCCUGUUAAACAAGGCACCAGACUACUUGCACAGGUUUUAUGGCAGAAACUCCUCUUAUGUUCAUGGAGGAUUAGACGCAAGUGGAAAACCAGUGGAGGCUGUGUAUGGUCAAGCUGAAAUCCACAAGAAAGUAAUGUCCUUGCAGUUCAGCGAAUGCCAUACCAAGAUCCGCCAUGUGGAUGCUCAUGCCACCUUGACUGAUGGGGUUGUGGUGCAGGUGAUGGGUGAGCUUUCCAACAAUGGCCAGCCAAUGAGGAAGUUUAUGCAGACCUUUGUACUCGCUCCUGAAGGCUCGGUGGCAAACAAAUUCUAUGUCCACAAUGAUAUCUUCCGUUAUGAAGAUGAAGUUUUUGGAGAUUCUGAAGCUGAGCUUGAUGAAGAAUCUGAAGAGGAAGUGGAGGAGGAACAGGAAGAAAGGCAGCCCUCCCCUGAACCUGCACAAGAGAGUCCCAGUAGCACUUACUACGAGCCACAUCCUGUAACCAAUGGUUUGGAAGAGCCCCUGGAGGAGCCAGAGCCAGAGCCUGAGCCUGAGCCUGAGCCAGAACCAGAGCAGAAGAGCGAGGAGCUGAAGCCAGAGAUCGAAGAGAAGGUCCUUGACGAGCUGGAGGAGCAGGCUCUCUCCCCAGUUCCCGUCGAGCCAGCAUCCAACACCCAGGAACCACCAAAGGCUUUCUCCUGGGCCUCGGUGACCAGUAAAAACUUGCCUCCUAGUGGUACUGUCCCUUCCUCUGGAAUUCCACCCCAUGUUGUUAAAGCACCAGCCUCACAGACCAGAAUGGAGAACAAAUUGGAGGUACAGGCUCCACCCCCCAGAGUCCGUGAUCAGCGCACCAGGGAGAGACCAGGAUUUGUUCCCAGAGGACCCAGGCCUGGACGAGGAGAGUCUGAGUCGAGCGACAUGGAUAAUCGUAGAACCGUGCGCUAUCCGGAUAGCCACCAGCUCUUUGUUGGCAAUCUGCCUCAUGAUAUUGAUGAGAAUGAGCUCAAAGACUUUUUCAUGACGUUUGGCAAUGUGGUUGAACUGCGCAUCAACACCAAGGGAGUUGGAGGCAAACUACCCAACUUUGGGUUUGUGGUUUUUGAUGACUCUGAUCCUGUACAGAGAAUCUUGGGUGCAAAGGUAGGGGGGCCCAUAAUGUUCCGUGGAGAGGUACGGCUGAAUGUGGAAGAAAAGAAAACACGUGCGUUCAGGGAGAGGGAGACACGAGGUGGAGAUGACCGCAGAGACAUGCGGCGCAAUGACAGAGGCCCUGGGGGACCCCGCGGCAUCGUGGGAGGCAGCAUGAUGCGGGAUCGGGAUGGAAGAGGACCUCCACCCAGGGGAGGCUUGGUUCAGAAACCAGGGCUUGGCUCAGGAAGAGGAGCUGGCCAGGGAGAGAGCCGCUUUACAGCACCGCGCCGUUGAGAGCGCAGCCUGCAGUUUGGAAGUAGUACCAUGUUCAUCUUUGCGUUCUCGUCAACGAAAUCUA